AUGUCGUCCUUCCGCGUACGCUUUGAACCGGUCAAAUGCUUGUCUCCAACGAGACAAGAACGAUUUCAAGACGAAGGGCCGACCGCGCCAAGGCGAAGGCCUAAAAGCAAACUAGGAUGCCGAGAGUGCAAAGCAAGGCGGGUCAAAUGUGACGAGACUUUUCCGGUAUGCUUGCGCUGCGUCCGUCGCGGUUUAAUUUGCUCUUCGACGCCUCGCCUAUCGCAAUGGCAAAUUGAGACGCGUUGGUACUCAUCACAAGUGGACACCAUCGUCAACCGGCGGCUCCUGCAAUACUGGCUGGAAAGAGUGUGUCAAAUACUAGUGAUCGAUCCAGAAAACAAUCCGUUCUCCUUCCCUGUCUUGGAAUACAUACAGGAAUCUCCGGCACUGGUGCAUAUCAUCCAGUCCGUAAGCGCCCGUCAUGAAGAGUAUUUCUCGGCAGAAGUGGCACGCAUUGCUCUCGAGGAGAGGGGGAAAGCGCUGGCAUCGUUCCAAGAGGAGCUAGGGACUGGGCAGACGCGACCACUACUGUCAAUGCUUACUGCAUUGCUACUGGCGAUAUCGCAUGGAGCUGAUCGGGAUAUGACUGAUUUUGGGAAAUGGCAUCUGCUUGCCGCGCGCACGUUGAUCAAUGAAAUGCUCGAGGAUACAGCGCAUCCUUGGGAUCUGAAUCCGUUAUCUAGACUUUGCCUGGACCUUAUCUUCAUCCUGGGAAACCUGGGCCGGUACUGUCGACAACUCAUCCAUUCAGGAUGUCGAUCGUUCACCCGAGAGACACUGCUGGAAAACCAGUUGUAUAUGUGGGGCGCACCCUCAACCGAGCCUACUUUGACGCUUCUGUAUGAGUCACUGCGAAAGCAUGGAUUAAUUCUGCUAUAUCGGAUCUGCGGAUGGAAUGAUGCCUUCACGAACCCGUGUCUUGAGGAGAUGGAUCUGGAAACUUUGAUCCAUCGUUAUGCUCUAGACACUAUCGAUCACCUUCUCCAAAUCCCAGCAUCCUCAAAUUAUCUGAACUUCCAGUCUAUCCCAAUUCUCACAGCUGGCUCAGAAUUGAAGAGAGACGAUAGCAGGCUGAGAGAUGAUGUUCGGAAUCGACUUCGCGCUUUGUAUUCUGUGAAUCGAUUGCCAGCGAACCUCCACGCUCUUGAGCUUCUUGAGGACAUUUGGAUAGCCCGUGAUACUAAUGAUGAUAAAUUAUCUUGGAUCCAGCAUAUGCUGCGGAAAGGAUGGUUGUUGGUCCUUGGGUGA